AGCACCUAGUCACAUGACCACACAUGGAAUCGGUCCGCUCACUGGGGUUGUAACAUCGACGCACUUCCUCAGGUCGGUCGGUCGGUCAUGAGCAGUUUAUACUAACGAAUGGCGAACGACUCCAUCUUUCACUUCUGGGUUUGGACCGCUGCAGCCUGAGCGUAGUUCACAACAACGACUGACGUAGCCGCGCGUCCGCUCCGUCCAAACAGGUGCAGUCGGUUCACCUCCAUCACCGGCAACAACCUAGGCUUUCACACAACAACUACAACAACGCAAAGGCGGCGGUGGCAGUUUUCAUCUCCUUCUAAAAAUAAUUCUAAGGACAAAGAAUGAAACGGUGUCUCCCUUGGACUGCGAUCGCGUUCGCCUGCAUCACAGUCAUGGGUUGCGUCCAGGCUGUGACUUUUGAGGUUACUGAAAACAACUCUACCUGUAUCAAGGCGGAGCUUUCUGCAUCAUUCCUCAUCACCUACAACACCUCCACCAGUACAAGAACAGCACAGGUUCCUCUACCAGAUUCCGCCAGGGUUGAUACAGACAGGAGCACAUGUGGUACAAACGACAGCUCACCGCGCCUGCUGGUGACAUUCGGACCAGGUCACGGACUAGGGCUGAGCUUUGCAACCAACACGAGUCUUUACAGUGUCACUAACCUGACCGUGCAGUUCAAUCUCAGUGACUCUGCGACGUUCCCGGAAGCAAACAGCUCAGGUGAAAACGUCAUUUUCAGCAUGUCAGUUAGAGCAAUGUUCCCCAGUUUUUUUUUUUGUACCAAGGACCGUCGGUCUGGUAUCAGCCAUUCCCGUGGACCGCCCACAACAGCGGCUCCAGCACCGGCUCCUUCAGGAACACCUGAGUCGGGCUUCUACAGUGUAAAGCUCAAAAACAACACAGUCUGUCUUUUGGCACAAAUGGGACUGCAGUUCAAUAUCUCCUAUCUCUCCAAAUCUCACAAUGAGGUGGUCAGAGAUGUAGUCAAUCUGGAUCCUUCUCUGACAAAUUCAUCGGGAUCAUGUGACGCCAACAGAGCAACACUGGUGUUGACGCAGGACCAAAGAACCAUUCUCAACUUCACCUUCUCCCUGAACUCUACAACUAGGAAGUACCACCUGAGUGGGUUAGCGCUGUCCGCCAACUGGUCUGAUAUGACAACUUUUUUCACAGCCAGUGACUUCAGUCUGGACUACCUUCGCAGCACACUGGGCCUCUCGUACAUGUGCAACGCAGAGCAGACUUUGGUCGUUGAUGCAAAUUUCUCUCUCAACACCUUCAAACUUCAGAUUCAACCGUUCCAAGUCACCACUGAGCAGUUUGCCACAGCUGAGGAGUGUCAGAUGGACCAGGACCAGAUGCUCAUACCCAUCAUAGUUGGAGCAGCUCUGGCCGGACUUGUGCUGAUUGUGCUCAUUGCCUACCUGAUUGGCAGAAAGAGGAGUCAGGCUGGAUAUCAGACCAUCUAAACCCAGCGGGUUUUUUGAACUGGGAAGAUGGAACUUUAAGUUAAUUGCAGUAGUUAUUUUGCCGUGGUAAAUGCAUGAGGCCUGGAUUGUUUUACCGUGUUUCUUUUCUUAGUACGGAGGGGAUUGUUGUUGAGAUGAUAAUGAAACUCUGUGGGUCUUCACAUAAUCCCCGAUCAAAAUAGUGUUAAAUUUGCUGCGUUGUGUUGAUGAUGAAGAGCUUGCUGUAUUUUACGGACAAUAAGAUGUGCUUUUUAUAGUAGUUGGACUGGUCCUGACAAUUGUAUUCUGAAGUAAAUUUUAUAUUUAAAAAAAUACAUGCCCUGUCACUAAUGGGCCCAAAACUC